CCCACCAAGCUACAAAUCUAAAUAUAAAAAAAAAUGGCAAAGAUGGUUUUACUCUUACUUCUCGGUUUUCUUUUCCGGGGUUACUCUCAAGAUAUGCAGAGUAAUUUUCUGUUAGCAAACGUGAUUCGGCACGCUCAAAGAUGUGCGAGCCAAUUUAACGUAAACAAUGCGAUUUUAAAUGAUUUCUCAAACAAUCAAUCACUAAUUGGUUUAUUAACAGCCCAAAAAGCAAUCGAUCGAAACGUAAAAUGUAUGAUUAAGUGUAUGAUGGAGCAAGAAAAUUAUUUCGUCGAUCGAAAAAUUAACAUUCAAUCAUCCGUUGUGAAUACCCCGCAAGGUGGUACUUUGGAUAUUCGAAAAUGCACCACCGUCGAUGAUAACGAUGAUUGUGAGUUGGUGUUUAAAGCUGUUAAAUGCAUCGUUGAAGAAGCUACAAGAAUAAACAAUUAAUUUUUUUUGUUUUUUGUGGUGUGGGGAUUUUGGAAUUAUUAUUU